UACAGAAUUUGACUUGAGCUGUGACAUGGAAUGGGCUAAUGCUAGAUUAAAGACUCUAUGGGACUACCUCAACGAAAUACAGGCAUCCAUAUUAGAUGAGGAUACUGAAGUCUUUACAAGUAUCAACAACCCUGUGGUAUAUGAGGCAUUGAUGUGUAUCCUGAGCUUGACUGCCAUCAUUCUACAUACAAUAAGACACCAUGAUCUAAAUCUACAAAUCUCAGCCACCGUUUACAGAUUUUCUGAGAUGCAUCAGAAGUUUGUCCCUGAAGAAAUGAUAGCAUUAUUGGAAGAAAUUAGACGUUUGACAUAAAGUUAACCUUAAGUUAAACAUACCGGACUUUUGAAGGAAAUCAAAUAUUUGAUAUAGUCAAACACAAGUUAAACAUACCAGACUCGAUGUCCAUUUGGAGGAAAUCAAAAAUUUGUUAGUACCCCGGACAGGUUGUAUGAUUGAGGUGUUUUUGAAAAAAG